AUGGUCAAAGCCGUCGCCGUCCUCCGUGGAGACUCGAACGUCAAGGGAACCGUCACCUUUGAGCAGGCCGACGAGUCCGCCCCUACUACCAUCUCAUGGAACAUCACUGGCCACGACGCCAACGCUGAGCGUGGCAUGCACGUUCACGCUUUCGGCGAUAACACAAACGGUUGCACGUCUGCUGGUCCUCACUUCAACCCCCACAACAAGACGCACGGCGCGCCCGAAGACGACGAGCGCCACGUCGGUGACUUGGGUAACUUCAAGACCGACGGCCAGGGCAAUGCUCAGGGCAGCACCACGGACAAGCUGAUCAAGUUGAUUGGCGCCGAGAGCGUCGUUGGCCGCACCAUUGUCGUUCACGCUGGAACUGACGACCUUGGCAAGGGCGGACACGAGGAAUCCAAGAAGACUGGUAACGCUGGUCCUCGCCCUGCUUGCGGUGUCAUUGGCAUCUCCAACUAG